AUGGCAUUAAAGAAAGCAGGUGUUUUAGGAGCCACUGGUUCUGUCGGUCAACGUUUUAUUUUACUCUUAGCCAACCAUCCUGAAUUUGAAAUUCAUGCAUUAGGUGCAUCUGGUCGUUCAGCUGGAAAGAGCUAUAAGGACGCUGUUACAUGGAAACAGACGGAAUUGCUUCCAGAAAUUGCCAAAAAUGUUAAGGUUGAGGAAUGUAAGCCAGAAGGGUCAUUUUCCGAGUGUGAUGUUGUGUUCUCGGGAUUGGAUGCUGAUUUUGCUGGGCAAAUUGAAAAGGACUUUGUUGAAGCAGGUUUGAUCGUUAUUUCGAACGCCAAAAACUACAGAAGAGAGGCUGAUGUGCCAUUGGUUGUGCCAAUUGUGAAUCCAGAACAUUUGUCUAUUGUUGAAAAGAAGGUUGAAGCUGCCAAGGCUGAUGGUAAGGAAAAGCCAGGAUUUAUCAUCUGUAUUUCUAACUGCUCUACUGCCGGUUUGGUUGCUCCAUUGAAGCCUUUGGUUGAUGCCUACGGUCCAAUUGAAUUAUUGACAACCACCACUUUACAGGCUAUAUCUGGUGGUGGAUUCUCGCCAGGUGUUCCAGGUAUUGACGUGUUGGACAACAUUGUUCCAUACAUCAGUGGUGAAGAAGAGAAGAUGGAAUGGGAAACGAAGAAAAUUUUGGGAGGUGUUAAUAACGAUGGAACUGAAUUCAAGAUUUUGUCUGAUGACGACAUUAAGGUGAGUGCUCAAUGUAAUCGUGUUGCUGUUAGUGAUGGACACACCGAAUGUAUCUCUUUGAAGUUUGCCAACAGACCACCACCAUCCCUUGACCAAGUCAAACAAACCUUGAGAGAUUAUGUUUGUGAUGCCUCGAAGUUGGGUUGUCACUCGGCUCCAAAACAAACCAUCCACGUUUUAGAAGAAGACGACAGACCACAACCUAGAUUGGACAGAGAUAGAGAUAGCGGAUACGGAGUUUCUGUUGGUAGAAUUAGAGAAGACCCUGUUUUAGAUUUCAAGAUGGUUGUCUUAUCUCACAACACUAUUAUUGGUGCUGCUGGUGCUGGUAUAUUGAUUGCCGAAAUCUUGUUAGCCAAGAACGUCAUCUAG